AUGGGUUCCCGAUGCGCCAAGCUCAGCACAGGCCACGGCACCGGCCAGGGCACGGGCCACAGCCGGGGCCACGAGUCGUCCAUGAAGAAGCUGGUGGCCUGCGUGAGCCAGGAUAACUUCUCCCUGUCGUCAGAGGGUGAGGAGGAGGAGGAGGAGGAGGAGGASGAGGAGGAGGAGGACGAGGACGAGGACGAGGAGGAGCAGCUACCCGUGCAGGGCCAGCUGCUGCUGAUGGAGCCCGAGAGGCAGGAGGGGAGCGCCGAGGACAGCCCGGGGGCCCUGCAGAGCCCCGAGGCCAAGCAGACGCAUGCGUAA